CCGCGGAGCCGCCGCCGAAACCGCGCAACGCGGGAGGCGGGUCCCACGAAAUAAAUCAGAAUGAGUUACACAGAGAAGCCUGAUGAAAUCACGAAAGAUGAGUGGCUGGAAAAACUCAAUAACUUACAUAUUCAGCGAGCAGACAUGAAUCGGCUCAUCAUGAACUACCUCGUCACAGAGGGUUUUAAAGAAGCUGCAGAGAAGUUCCGAAUGGAGUCUGGGAUUGAGCCUAGUGUGGAUCUCGAAACACUUGAUGAACGUAUCAAAAUCCGCGAGAUGAUACUGAAAGGGCAGAUACAGGAGGCCAUUGCGCUCAUCAACAGCCUCCAUCCAGAGCUCCUGGACACGAACCGGUACCUGUACUUCCAUCUGCAGCAGCAGCAUCUGAUUGAGCUGAUCCGACAGCGGGAGACAGAGGCGGCGCUGGAGUUUGCGCAGACGCAGCUGGCUGAGCAGGGUGAGGAGAGCCGGGAGUGCCUGACAGAGAUGGAGCGGACACUGGCCCUGCUGGCCUUUGACAGCCCAGAGGAGUCACCCUUCGGAGACCUUCUCAACAUGAUGCAGCGGCAGAAGGUGUGGAGUGAAGUUAACCAGGCUGUCCUAGAUUACGAAAACCGUGAGUCAACACCCAAGUUGGCAAAAUUACUGAAACUCCUACUUUGGGCUCAGAAUGAGCUGGACCAGAAGAAAGUAAAAUACCCUAAAAUGACAGACCUCAGCAAGGGUGUGAUCGAAGAGCCCAAGUAG